UUUUUUUUGUAUCUAUUUCACUCAUACUAAUUUUUACUCGUCCAUUAGAACCGUGUUUUAAAAAUAUUUUGACAAAUGAAUCAUUUUCCGUUAUUUUUAAUUUAAUUUAUUAAGAAAGAGUGAGGAUUUUUCAGUGGGUUUUUUUCAUAAAAAAAAAGGUUAGUGUUCUUCGUCGGAUAAAUAUGGUAAACUUCAACAGAACAGUGGAUAAGGAGGGUUUCAUUACGGCAACAAGAAGACGAUCAAGAAUUGUUAUAAAUAUUUCGAGUUCGUCUAGGGGCUGUGGAGUUAUGGCAGCGGAAGAUCAGAUUUUCAGUCAAGAGAAGGGAAAUCAAUUAAGGUGGAAAGAAAGAUUAUAGGAGGUUCCAUGGGGAAAAAGGGAUCAAGAGACAUUAUCCAUCUUGCAAUAUGGUCAGGUAUAAGAAGAUGAUUCUGCUGGCUUACCUUUAGGGCUGGAAUUUGGUUAUCUCGUAUUCUAAAGAAGGAGGCUAAUGGUGGUGAUGGAAACACGUCUAAAUGGAACUUCAAGGAAGAUGAUGAUUGGAUGUUGGCUAUGCAAAAAGAGAAUGAUAAUGGGAAAUUUAUAUGUCUACAAGUUUCUCAUAACAAAGAGCAUCCAUCUACUCUGUACUUUCCUUCCGGUACUAAUGGAGUUGGAUGGUGGGAUUCUUGAAGGUUUGAUGAAUGGAUUGUCAAAUACAAAGGCAAGGAAUGAAAAUAAGGUCUCAUGGGCUAAGUCAGAUGUUAAUGCUUGGUCACCUGCAACUCAAAAAGAGCAAGUGUCCAUUGUUAAGCCUCAAUUUCAAGCAACUACGGUUAAGUCAAUCUCUAAUCAGGAAUUCAAUUCUCUCUGGCAAAGAACUAUGGUAGUGGAAAUUAUCUCAAAUGAAUUUGAUUUGAAAGAAGUCGGAUUUUGGAUGAUGGACAAAUUUGGAUGGAGUUUGGGUUUUGAUUUACAACCAAUCGAUGGAUUAAAAGCUGUGUUUACUAUAAAAACCAAUGAUGAAUUAAUUCUCUAGGGCCAGAAAAAUUAAAAUGGGGAAAGUUGGAGAUACUGAAAUUCAUAUCUAUCCUUGGUUUGCAGGGAUUAAUGCAAUCCACAAGCCAAAUCCGAUAGGAGAUAAAAAAGUAUGGAUUGGAGUAGGUGGGGUUCCUUUUAAUAUGUGGGAUUUCUAUACAUAUAAACCUAUAGGAGAUAAGUUUGGAGGUCUGUCCGGAAACUUCAAUAGCAACAGAUCUGUCCGAGGUCAGAGUGAAGGUGAAUGGUCCAGUUAGUAACGGUGUAUGGUGUGAGCAGCUGGCUUUGGAGCAUACAAAAAUUUGGGUAGAAAUUCGAAUGAUCGGUGAGGUAUUGGAGACAUCAAAAUCUGAGUUUAAACCAAUUUAUAUCGAUAAAUCUCGUAUGCAUCAAAUCGAUAACAAUCUGUGGCGCCAGAGAAGGAUUCCAUUGAUCGGACUUGGGGAAGAAGUAGAGAAACGUGGCAAUCCAGGAUUGGGAGAAGUUAAUAAACAAUCUACUGGUCACAAAGAAAGUCAAGGCAUCAGAGAGGUACUUGUGGAGGCAGAAUUAUGCCACAUAGUCCGGUCACAGGGGUGUACAUCGGGCCGUGCAGGCCAGCCCAAGCCCGAUUAUAGUAAGGCCGGGUCGGAUGGACUUGUGGUCCUUAUUAUCCAUUAAGUUUAACAAGACAGGCCGGUUUGGGCAGUAGCAAAAUAUUAAUGCCCAUCGCUCGCUCAUACCCGUGAAACAAUACAGGCCAGCCGGGCAGGCCUCGGGUCCAAAAGAUAAUUCAAAAGUUUAAAAGGUACAUAGGUUUGUCUUUUUGGUUUGAUGAAUGAUGCCAUAUCUGUAACUCGUUCAAAUGAUAGUUCAAGCAAUUCAUAUUCAUUACUGUGAAAUGUAAUUCAAAAUUUUCUCUAACCCCAAUAAAUUAUCCAAAUUUGAAAUUUAAGUUCUUGAAAAAUCCAUCACACCAGUAGAAAAUUUUAUUCCUAUCUAACGGCAGUAAGGCGGGCCGGGUAACUAAACAGGCUACUGGGCAGGCUAACAGGCCGGACUCCAAUAUUUGAACAGAAAUCCGGGUUCACCCAUUUAUAAUUAUCGGGCAGACCGAACAAGCCCGUGACAGAUCGUGGGGUGCCCAUAGCUCCUUCGGACUCGGGCGAUAAAUGGCAGGCCGGAGGCUUCGGGACAUUUUGUACACCCUUAUCCGGUCAGUUCUGUUUCAGUACGGAAUAACUUUAAUUCAAAUUUUGAAAAUAAUUUUGUUUCUAAUGGACUUGGGCUCCCCUUGAUGGGCUCAAAGCAAACUUCGAUAAUAAAUAAAGAGAAAGAAGUUAUUUUUGCGGCAACAGUAGCAGCAGGGUUUUUGACUGUCAGUCAUGCAUCCAGCUCCGUUUCUUUGGACAGUUCAUCUUUGAGAAGUCUAAAAAAGAGACUAAAGGAGAAAUUAUCUAAAAAAGUUUCCCUUAGAUCUAGUUUUUCUGACACUCUAAAUGGGGAAGUUUCAAGUAAGAAAGGAAAAAGAGUUAUGGAAAGGGAGGUCAAUUCCAAGCAAAACAAUUGUGAUAAUAAUGAAAUUCAAAAAAUGCAUGAAGAAAAUUGUGAUGGUAGUGAUAAUGCGGCGUCGCAAACAAGUAAUAGUAAAAAGCGAUCACGACAAGAUGACGGUGAUGCUUUGGAGAUGGCGAAAGGUUUACCCGAGAAAUUCAAGAUAAUUUCUUGGAAUGUUAAUGAUCUUGGACACCCGGACAAGCACUCUAAGUUAAAAAAAGCUUGUGAAACGGUGGAAGCCUGCUAUUCUUAUGAUUCAAAAAACGAAGCUUAGCUCUUGUACGGACGAUAUUGUGCGUUAAUGUUGGGGUGCAACUCCCAUGUAGGUGGAUUGCGUUAAACUCGUAUGGAAGAUCGGGUGGAAUAUUGUUGAUAUGGAAUUCGGAUAUGAUUGAAGUUGACGACUUUCUUGAAGGUAUUUUUUUUAUAAGUAUUUCUUAUCGAAGUAUUGAGAAUAAUUUUCGAUGGGAUUUAAUUGGUGUUUAUGGUCCAUGUAAUGUGAAUGAGAAAAAACGAUUUCGUAUGGAGCUAGCUACAUUACAUGAUUAUUGGGAUGGAAUGCCUUUGUGUUUCGAUGGAGAUUUUAAUGAGGUAAGAUACAUGGCGGAGAGAAGAGGUUUACGUAGAGCAUCAAAUUCAAUGAAACUCUUUGAUGAUUUAUGUAAUGAUCUUGAUCUUGUAGAAUUUCCUAUUUCCGGUGCUAAGUACACGUGAAAUAGACCGCCUAACAAGAAGAACAAGAUUGACCGUUUUCUUUUCUCUUCGGAUUGGGAAGAUCUUUUUCCAAAUAUGAUCUUCAAGCGCCUUGCAAGGCCUUUUUUGGAUCAUUUUCCUGUUGAGUUGUGCGCUUUGGAUUCGGAUUGGGGUGCUUUCCCUUUUCGAUUUCAAUUAGCUUGGCUUGAAGGUACUAACAUAAUCCCCUUAAUGAAAGAAUGGUGGGAGUCUUUUUCUUUUAUACGUACGGCAGGUGAAUGUUUCGCAAAAAAGUUAAACGCUUUAAAGGAUAAAUUAAAGGUGUGGAAUAGCGAUGUCUUUGGGAGUAUUGAUAGGGCUUUAGACACGGCUCUUACCAAGUUGAAAGAAUUGACGAUUAAGAUGAUGAUAGGGGUCUCACCGAAGUUGAAGAAGACUUGCUUGUGACGGCUAAAGUUGAUUUUGAGGUGGCUCAUCGUCGUCAAAACAUUUUGUUGAAGCAAAAGUCAAGAAUUAGAUAUUUUGGAGAUGGCGAUCGCAACACCAAACAUUUUCACCGAGUGGUGAAAGGUCACAGAGCUUUUAACAACAUCAAUAACCUUCGCAUCAAUGGACGUUGGACCGGAAACAAGGAUGAAAUAAAGAUGGGUAUUGCAAAUCAUUUUGUGUUAGCGUUUAAAGAAAUUUCAAACAACCGUCUAAGAAUAAAAAAUAUGUGUCUAAAGAAUAUUUAUGAGAAUGCAAAUAUUUGGUUGGAGAGACCUUUUAGUGAAGAGGAAGUUACGAAUGCAAUUUAAGAUUUGGAAAUUGAUCGUGCUCCGGAUCCGGAUGGAUAUCCUAUGAAAUUGUUUAUUGUUUGUUGGAGCUUCCUAAAAGAAGAUUUGAUAAAGGUUUUUGAAGAAUUUCAUGAUCACAAUGUUCUUCAUUCGUCGUUGAAAAAAAAUUUCAUUGCGCUUAUUCCUAAGAAGGCGGGAGUAGAGGAAGUAAAAUAUUUUCGUCCAAUUAGCCUCAUUGGGAGUGUGUAUAAAAUCAUCUCAAAGGUUUUGGCGGAGCGUUUAAAGGUAUACCUUCCUACUCUAAUCUCAACAUCUCAAUCUAGUUUUAUUAAAGGAAGACAAAUUCUUGAUGGAGUAUUGAUAGCAAACGAAUGUGUGGAUUCUACACUUCGCCAAAAAUUAUCGGGGUUGGUUUGUAAGCUCGAUUUUGAAAAGGCAUUUGACAAUGUAAAUUGGAAUUUUCUAAACGAAGUCUUAUUCAAAAGGGUUAAAAACAAA